CAGUCUGUAGGGUGUAACUUCCGGGUGACUCUCAGAUGUGAGCUUUUAUUUACACUAUUUAAAACAGCUAUUUAUACACAUCCAUGGUAUAUAAAUAUUUAAUGUCCUCUUUUCUCAUACAUUGUAUAUUUCGGGAGAAAAAAUAAUUACCAAAACUAAAUAAAUUGAGGGUAUGGUAGGUGUUUUAGACCUAUAUUGUAUAGCCCCUUAUGUUUUAUAAUAAUAGCCUUUAAACCAGUUGCAGUAUUGUGUUCAGCUUUAUAUGUGAAUUAAACCAUUUAAGGAUAAACAGCGACAUCCUUUGGGGAAAUAAUGGCGUCAUGACGCGAAUUUAUAUAUGCAGAUUAAAGCGUUAAAACUGUAUAUUUAUCAUUAAAAGUCUAUAUAUUAUAUAAGUAUGCAUAAAUGGAGUGUUUAAUAAAGAAAAUAAUAAAUCCGUUUGUAGGGUUUAUACGCCAAAGAUGUGUGUAAUUUCAUGCUCCCUUUAGGUACUACUGGUUAAGCGCUGCUAUGCUUAAAAAUUAUUCGGAUAUCAUACGUUUUAAAAAUGACAAUGGAACACUAAUGUACACUAAUUAUUAUUUCCCGACCCGGUUACUGUUCUGACAGUUUUUACACAAGGCAGGCCAUUUGUGUAAUACUGCAGAAGACUCUACCAAAAACAACACUCUUGUAAAAUGUUCAGAAAAACCACUAGGCCCGAAACGCACCAUGACCGGGUUUUGCGCAUGCGCACUGGCAUGUAAACACAACUGUCGCAGCUUCUCUCUGACAACAGCACCGUUAGCUACAUUGAGCUAAGACAGUGCUUUUUUUGGUUUUUGUUUUUUGCCCACAGGGUAGUUGUUCGUCAAGUUGUAAAGAAACAAAGUAAUUACUGAAGUGUGGCUGCCGAAUGUUUACAGCUUUCCAUAAAAACGUAGCGUUAUCUCCCGGCGACGCCAGCCUUCAAUGACAAAGCGCUGUGAAGCGGCUCGUUAACCAGCUAGCUCGUUAACGCCGACAUCUUUUUUUUUUUUUUUUUUUUUUACAGUUUCUUUGAGGUUUAACGCUAUUUUAAGCUUUUCAGCGUAGUUUAGCGCAAUUGAAUUGUUAGUUUUACCCACAUGUCUGUAGGAUUCCCAUCUUUACCCGGCAUGAUUAGCUAGUCAGGCAGAGUUAUCGCCAGGUUUACAGGCCAUCAGCUGACACCACGACCCGGGGACGGAGCGGCUGAAUUCACUCUCAGCUCUGAUCAAAAUACAAAAGUAGCCCCUCCAAGUGUCAUCAUAUGUUGACUGAAAACAGGAAACGACAGCACAAUGGUGGUAAUGAGGAGAAUAGCCACCUGGUGCCCCAUGCCAAAAGGCAGAGCGGAGCUCAUCCUCUCUCCCCUGAGCCGGGACGGGAUGCCUGGGACUCAGAGUCAUCCAAUAGUGAGAGCAGCAGCAGCAUCGGCAGCAGCAUCAGCAUCAGCAGUCCAGAUCAUGCGGCUGGGAGUCGGUGUGCCGUGGGCCCCUGCAGUCCCUUCAGCUCCAGCAACUCUUCAGAGUCCUUUGGCCCAAUAGACCAGGUGUCAUACCUGCAUAUCAACCGUAUCCUCAAGGAGGCACACUUCCAGAGCCUGCAAUGCCGAGGUCACCUCAGAGACACAUGAUGAAAUGAUGCCACUCUGCCACCUACCAAAGGACUGAUGCCCUAAAGCAUGUCACAGCAUCACAUGCUGAAUCCCUUCAAUCAGCUUUUCCCUAACCAUCUCCAGUUACUGUGGCAUCUUACAGCUUUACAGAGCUGUAGGUGGAGUCCAGCAUCUGGUCAGGUAUCUGGGGGGAGUUUAUGAAUUAAAACAAUUUUCAGUUUAGCAAUAACAGCUGUGAUAACUGUGAUGACUUAAUACAUUCUUUCAUCCACUUCUUUUCCAACCAGUCUAGUUUACUUGCUGCUCUGAGAGCCUCAUUGUUACUGACUGAUGAUGAAUCGAUGUGUGUCAUCUCAAAACUGUGGUGCUGCUGAAGUGGCACCAAACUACAAUUUUAGGCCCAAUCAGUGUGACUUGUUUAGAUUUGUAGUAGGUACUUGGGUUGCUGUAAGUACAUGGACCAGUCUCAGGGAGGAUAUGCACUUGUCUUAGACUGCUCAUUUCUUACAUUCAUACAGGGUCUCUUUUACUGAAGAUUAAAAAUCGUGAAAAUCUAAGUAAAGGGGAUUAGGUUUUUCAGCCCUUCCUUAGUUUAGUGUAUUUAAAAUAUGUUGUCAAACUAGUGUAAUAAAUUCAGGCUAUAGAACAUGAGAUUUGGUUUUAGGUUGGGUAACAUUUUAACAGGAUUUUAUACCUGUAGUGUGCUAGGACAGAAUUUCUGAUCACAUUUUAUACUUUUUCAUCAGCAAGUACAUUUAUUUUGGUUAAAAGUCCAGCAAAAGUUCUUUGUAUCUAAAUAUUAGACCAAUUUGUUCAUAGAAAUGCAUGCCCGGUUCCCAGUGCACAUAAAAGACCAUAGUCAUACUCCUGGUUUAAUCUUGUUUUCUUCUGAUUUAUAAAAAAAAAAGGCCUUGAAUUUGUAUUAACCUCCUAAGACAUGGCAUACACAUAUGUGGACAUCACACAUUGUUUUCUGUGUAUUUUAAACGAUUGCCACAUAUUAUGCAACGUUUUUAAAAGUAAUGAGAAUACAUGUUGAUUAGUGAAUUGCAAGAGAACAAAGUUGACUAUAGGUUAAGCUCAGACGAGGGGUAAAAAUCUUUUGGUGAUCAUGGGGAAACCUGUAAGCAAUUUUUAUUGACCAUGACAAGAAAGAGGUUACAAAAAUAAUAUAAAUACAUGGCUGAGGUAAAGAAGAAUAUUCAUCACCUGAAAACAUAUUGCUCUUUUCUUCCUCCCAACAGAUGUAAGGAUGUCCUGCAUGCUUCAACAAUAUGUUGAGACAGACUUUGAGACAUUUUCCCAUAUACUCCUUUCUUAGGACUGCUUGUCAGCCUAGGUAUUAAUGUUGGAGCUGCUGCAUCAUAUUCUAUCACCAAACAAGUUUAACAGGAUAUGCAUAUGCAUCUACAUUUGUAAAGAGAAUAAUUGGAGCAUCCAGUGUGACACGAUCAGUGUUUGGUAAGGUCUUCUCUCACAGAGCCACUGGGAAGACUUGUAGGCGUCUAGUUUCUCUGUAACACGGAAACCAGAUGAAUCAAAAAGCUCAUAUUUUGUAUUACCCACUCCCUUUAUAAGAAUAUUUUCAUCUGCCAGUGCCAGAACAAUGAUUUUAUUUAUCCAAGGCCAUGAAAAUACCUGCUUUUAAACUUUGCACUCACAUAAGAACCUGGAUCUAUUUGGAAAAAUGUUUAUUUCCCAGUGCACACUUGUUCGCAGAGGGUUCCACAAGGGGGCACGCCAGCGAGCUUGUUCAUACAAACCCUCUGGAUAUUCAGGAUAUAAACAAUGGCCAUGGUGACGAUAAAGAUGGUUGAUAUUUGGUUGAUGUAAGAUCACCUCCAUUUCAUUUUUUUUUUUUUUUUUUUUUACAUGCAAUGAAUAUUUGAGGAUUUGAGCUACCCGGGCUCCAAAUAAAUGCACAAUAUGUUAAGUAGCCAUCAAACUAACAAAUGUGUACUUAAGAGCAACUAUAUUUUCAGGCUAAACUAGGGUGUGAUACAAUGACUGCACAGAGAAGCUCCAUCGGCUUUUUUAUUGUUUGGAAACGACUCUGAUGGCUGCUUGUGAUGUGAACGCCCUUUCUUAUUUUUGUGCCAUUAAAAUUACUUUGUCUCUCAGUGCCAAGUUUUAGUCUUGUUGUUCCGAUUGGUUAUUGGCUAAUCCAACUGUGUCAAGAAGCAUUUGCUCCGUGCCUGUUGGCAGUGACCCUUGAGAGGUUUCAGACUAUAUUGUGCAUUUAUUUAUUUAUGGCGAUUCAGAUUACUAAUUUCCUCCCAUAAAAUUUAAAUUCUUAUUAUGGAACCAGACUCAAUUUUUGUCAAAAUGGUACCGCCUAUCCCAGCUUUUACUCUUCCACUUGGUUCACAGUCUCUUGGUCUCUGCAUGUGAGACUGAUGUGGUGUUGAGAGGGGAAGGUGCUUCUGUCAGUGAGUGACUGCAUCCACCAUGCUUGGAUUGGAAUAUUAUUGGAGUCAUUAAAAUGUUUUUUUGUGGUUUUUUUAAACUGCACACAAGCUUUCCUGUCUAUGUACCAUAAUUCAAACAUUACUGAGUCACCCUCUGCACUAAACAUUGAUGUGAAAAUCCUGAUUUAAGAACCCCUAUGGCUUUCUCUUGAAGCAGGAUUGAAGCAGGUUUCUUGUCCCAUGUUUAAGAAGUUUAUUUUAUUUAAUUUUUUUAGAUCGGUGUAAAAUUUGAAAACAGUUUGGGGAUUUCGUUUUCUUUAAAUAUAUAUUUUUGAAUUCUUCAGAUGUACAAUAUUGAUGUGACAUAUUUUUUCCCCCUCUUGAAUAUCUUCUCAAUGGAAAAAUAAAAUUACAU